AUGCCCGUACAGUCCAAAUUCUUGGAAAUAGCACUGAAUGCUGAAAAACGGAAAAAGUAUCCCGGCAAUAAUUUAGAUGCCUCGUCGAAAUGUUCCUUCGUAUCGUCGAAAAAGAAGCGACGAGCUUUUGAUCCGUUAUUUUUUCGUCAGUUGAUUGUUCUGUUGAAAAUUAUGGUACCCGGUUUAUUCACCAAAGAAGCUGGAAUUAUUGCUACUCAUUCAUUGAUUCUUGUAUGUCGGACGUUUUUGUCGAUUUAUGUGGCUGGACUGGAAGGCCGAAUUGUUAAAGCUAUCGUUCAGAAGUUUGAAUUUACUAUGGAACUGUUAAAAUGGAUUUUGGUGGCUCUGCCUGCAACCUUCAUCAACAGUAUGAUCAGAUAUUUUGAGAGCAUACUGGGAUUAGCAUUUCGAUCUCGUCUUGUACAGUAUUCCUAUAAGCAGUACUUUUCGAAUAAAACAUACUACGCAGUGUCGAAUUUGGACAGUCGUCUACAAAAUGCCGAUCAAUGCCUAACUGAGGAUAUCACGAUGUUCAGUCAAAGUGUCGCUCAUCUCUACUCACAUCUUACCAAACCAAUUCUGGACGUUGCUCUCAUAACGUUCACUUUGAUAUCAUUCGCUGCCCAGCGCGGAUCCGUUAAGAAUGUAAUCGUUCCAUGCAUUCUCGCUAUUUUCGUUGUAGUCGGUACAGCUGGUUUAUUAAGAACAAUCUCUCCAAGAUUCGGUCAUAUGGUGGCUGAAGAAGCGAAGAGAAAGGGAUACUUACGAUAUCUUCACUCGAGAGUUAUCGUGAAUUCGGAGGAGAUUGCAUUUUACGGAGGUCACGAUGCCGAGUAUAAUCAGUUAAAUAGAGCUUACGAAAACCUAAAGGAGCAGACGACGCUCAUUUUUCGGAAGCGAAUCCUUUACAUUAUGGUAGAACAGUUUCUUAUGAAGUAUGUGUGGUCUGGAACUGGAAUGGUGAUGAUUGCGUUGCCGAUUUUGGCUGCAGAAUACUCCACACCUGAUAAGUCCCGAAGAUUUGAAGACGAGCGGGAUGGAGGUGUUUCAGAACGUACUCGUGGGUUUGCUACUGCUAAAAACUUACUGUAUUCGUCUGCCGAUGCUGUGGAAAGACUUAUGACUUCUUAUAAGGAGGUGAUCGAACUGGCUGGUUACACAUCUCGUGUGCACGAGAUGUUCAAUGUAUUCGAAGAAGUCAAGAAUAGCGUCUACCGUAAGACCUUAGUCAAUGGAGAUCAGAAAGCAAAUAGUCGAUGUGAACGACUGGACACCGUUCAAAUUGAAGGUAUAGUGGAAUCAGUCGAUGACUCGAUUGUCCUUAUAAAUGUUCCAAUUGUUACUCCAAAUGGGGAUAUUGUAGUGAAGGAUAUGUCUAUUGAGAUCAAACCGGGCAUGCACGUGUUGAUUACUGGUCCGAACGGUUGUGGUAAAAGUUCACUGUUUCGUAUUCUUGGGGGAUUAUGGCCUGUGUAUAGAGGUAGAUUGGAGCGACCACGAACAGAUCGAAUGUACUACAUACCACAACGACCGUACAUGACUCUUGGCACAUUACGAGAUCAAGUAAUUUAUCCAGACACAGCCUUUAAAAUGUAUCGGAAAGGUGUCACCGACCUGGAUCUGGUAGAGAUCCUAAAAACUGUUCAUUUAUCGCAUAUAGUGGACAGAGACGGAGGAUGGAACGCAGUGAACGAUUGGAUGGAUGUACUUUCCGGUGGUGAGAAACAACGAGUUGGCUUAGCCAGAGUAUUUUACCACAGACCUCAGUAUGCUCUUUUGGAUGAAUGCACAUCAGCCGUUUCUAUUGACGUAGAAGGAAGCAUUUAUCAGGCAAUAAAGGACGCUGGAAUUACCCUUCUUACUGUCACUCACAGACCGAGUUUAUGGAAAUUCCAUACACAUCUGCUACAAUAUGACGGCGAAGGUGGCUAUCGACUUAGUGCGCUAAGCAAUUCGACAAUCGGCGAGCGAUUAUCGCUUUCGGACGAAAAGCGACAAAUCGAAGGAAAAUUAAGUGAAGUACCGCAGAUGAAGGAACGACUAGCCGAAUUGUGCCAGGUGAGAUUUUCCAGGUGUUGCAUACGCGCUGUGCCAGUUGCUCAUCAUGUCCAAGAAUAG